UGCUUAAAGUAAGUCCUUAGACGCCUACGGUCCGUUCGUAGCUCAUCUAUAGUGCAAGUAUAUAUUGUUCAAUCCGGCCUAGACCUCGGCGUUCGCAAUCUUCAGUGACGUGGGCUCUACUCAGACAACUCGCAAGAUCGUCGUUUAUAAUAUCGUCGUGGCGGAAAAUAGGCCAUGUAUAACACUAGAAGUUCAAGUGGCAAUAGUCACGGUAACCCGUAUAUCAGAAAGAUCGAAACUUUCAGACAACAACAACCACCAUUACAACAACAGCAAGCUAUGUCUCUUGGGUCGAAUUGUAUAACAACACCAAAAUCAGCUAGUCCAAUGAAAAAUCAACAACCUUUGCCUUUACAUGAUUUACCAUCACAAUCACCUUGUCCCAAUCCAGUGGCUGAAACUCCAAUACCAAAUACUUCGGUUACUCAAUUGUCUACAAUUCAAGAUUAUCAGAAUAAACAGAUAAAACUUGAAGAUGAAAAAUCAAUUAAUGAGAAGUCUGAAGUAAAAUGGCCAGUCAAACGUAAGAUUAAUAAGGAAGAACGGAAAAAGCGAGUGAAUGCUAGAAUGCGUCGCUUAGUAUCACCCAAAAGUCCAUUAAUGGUAUUUUCUGAGUUGUUCAAAGAUGUACCAAUUCACUUACAAGAGCACCCACUUCAUAAUGUUACGAGUUAUACUGCUACACUCGAGGUUGAUGGUCAAAUGUAUUCUGGAAAUCAUAUUUCCAAGACUCAAGCCAAACAAAAGGCAUGUGAAAACUUCUUGCGCAUUAUGUUAGCAAAAAAAAUAAGUGAACGAUCUGAAAAAAAAGAAGAAUUGCCGAUGGAAGUUGAGAUGGAAAUUGGAGAAAAUAGUUCAGUAUCAAAACCUAAAGGACCACCACAGGAAGAUUUCCCAUGGCCACAUUUUGCUUCAUUAGCUAUGCAUAACUUAAUAAAUCAAUGGGAACUACAGCCUGUUGUUACAAAAGCUAAUUAUGUACAAGAAGAACCAAAUGUUAUCAAAUCACAACCUAAGACUGGAGCCAUGAGAAAGUUUCCUGAAAACCCGAAAAACUGUAAUCCAAUACAGUUAAUAAAUCAAAUGAAGCCUGGUGUAAAAUUUGUUGAAACAAUAAUUAGUUCAAAAACUAAUUUUUUUUUUCAAGUAAACUGUGUAAUAGACGAUGUACCAUUCACUGGACAAGGAUCGACAAAAAAAGCAGCCAAAAAGGAAUGCUGUAUUGCAGCAAUAAAAAGUAUUUGGCAAUUUGAUUUCCAUGCCAUAGAAGAUAAUUAACUCAUUAAAAAUUAAAUUUGAUAUUUAUAAUAAUAUACGUUUGUGUACUAGUUAUUUUUAUUAGUCAACUGUAUUUAUUUUAUUUUAUUAUCGAUUAGAAUACUUAUGAGGUUAUUAUUAUA